AUGUGUGAUGCAUGUCAACGAACCGGCAAUAUUUCCGCCAAAGAUGAGAUGCUUCAAAACCCCAUUCAAGUAGUGGAGGUUUUUGACGUUUGGGGCAUCGAUUUCAUGGGACCCUUCCCAAACUCUAAGGGAAACCGUUAUAUACUCGUGGUGAUUGACUAUGUGUCUAAAUGGAUUGAGGCUCAAGCUCUUCCCACAAACGAAGCCCGAGUAGUCUUAAAAUUUCUUAAGAAGCUCUUCUCCCAAUUCGGUACACCGAAAGCCUUAAUUAGUGACCGUGCCACUCAUCGUUUGUCUACCGCAUAUCAUCCACAAACAAGUGGACAAGUGGAGAAUGCGAAUCGCGGUAUUAAACGAAUCUUAGAGAAAACAAUGGGUAAAAAUAGGAAAGAUUGGUCCGACAAGCUAGACCAUGCAUUGUGGGCAUUUAGAACCGCCUACAAGACGCCCUUAGGAACCACACCUUUCAUGAUCGUCUACGGAAAAGCUUGUCACCUUCCCGUAGAGUUAGAGCAUAGAGCGCUUUGGGCUUUGAAAACCGUUAAUCUAGACAUGACCGAAGCCGCUAGGAAGCGUUUCUUUCAAAUCCAUGAGCUUGAGGAGCUUAGGGAUGCGGCGUAUUCCCGAUCGUUGGGAAUCAAGGAGAAAACGAAAAUUCUACAUGAUAAGAAGCUAAGGAAGGUCAAGGAGUUUAGCAAAGGUGGCAAAGUGCUUCUUUACAACUCAAGAUUGAAGCGUUUUGUGGGUAAGUUGAAAUCAAAAUGGUCGGGACCUUAUAUGGUUCACUAUGUGUUUCCGUAUGGAGCGGUGGAAAUUAUGGAUGAGUCGGAUGGCCGUAGUUGGAAGGAAUCGUACCGUGGAAGAGCUGAACUGGCAAAGAAAACGAUGUCUCAGUGGUAUGCGGGUGGUUUUGUUUGGGAUGUUUAUACAGAAUGGGGCUUGCGGAUGGUUCGGGUUGGUUUACUUGGGGUUGUUCGAGACUUGUGGGAAACAUGUCAGGUGAAGGCUCAUCCUUUAACCCAAGGAAAAGGAAGAUCCAAUGUCGAGGUCAAGAUAGGAGAGUGUAUUCUCGAGUUGAAAGGCUAG